AUGUCUAUUCUCGCUGUUAUUGAGGACCGGCCGACUCCCCCACAAGUCUACAACUGGCGCAUUUACCUACUUGCGGCCGUGGCUUCAUGCGCCUCUUGCAUGAUCGGUUAUGACAGUGCCUUCAUUGGCCAGACUGUCGAAUUGCAAUCCUUCCGCGAUGAAUUCCAUUUCCAGGACUGGUCUGUGGCCAAACAAAACCUUGUCACGGGCAACAUUGUCUCCCUUUACCAGGCUGGUGCCUUCUUCGGUGCGUUGAUAGCAUACCCCAUUGGCUUUUUCUGUGGUCGGAAAUGGGGUCUGUGGAUCACUGGAAUAAUCUUCACGGUCGGUGCUGGAAUUAUGUUGGCAGCGAAUGGGGAUCGGGGGUUGGGUGUCAUGUAUGCUGGUCGCGUCCUGGCUGGCCUCGGCGUGGGAGCGGGAUCGAAUUUGACGCCAAUUUAUAUUUCAGAGUUGUCGCCUCCGGCGAUCCGUGGCCGACUAGUUGGUCUCUAUGAACUGGGAUGGCAGAUUGGGGGUUUGGUUGGGUUCUGGAUCAAUUAUGGUGUUUCGCAGACCCUCCCUGAAAGCAACAAGCAAUGGCUCAUACCGUUUGCUGUUCAGCUCAUUCCCUCUGGUCUCCUUCUCAUCGGUGCCUUGUUCAUUCGGGAAUCUCCCCGUUGGUUAUUCAGUCGUGGGCGUCGCGAUGAAGCCAUUGAGAAUCUCUGCUGGGUCCGCCAACUUCCUCAAACUGAUCUCUAUAUUGUGGAAGAAAUAGCUACCAUUGACCAGGCCCUUGAUGAGCAGACUGGUUGUAUUGGAAACAGCUUCUUCAGUCCCUUCAAGGCGGCCGCCACCAAUCCCAAGGUGAUGUGGCGCCUAUUUCUCGGUUUCAUGCUCUUCUUCUGGCAGAACUGCUCGGGUAUAAAUGCUAUCAACUACUACAGCCCUACAGUCUUCAAAAGUCUUGGAAUUACCGGCUCUCUGAAUCAGAUGAUGUCUGGCAUUUUUGGCGUCGUCAAGACCAUCGUCAGUUUCCUCUGGUUGCUCUUCCUUAUUGACCACCUGGGCCGUCGGAAGCUGCUGAUCGCAGGAUCUAUUGGGGGUUCUAUCUGUAUGUGGAUCAUUGGCGGAUAUAUCAAAAUCCAAGACCCCGAACAGAACCCCAGUGCCAAGGUCGAUGGUGCCGGUAUCAUGGCAAUUGUUUUCUUUUACAUAUACACCGUCACUUUCUCUCCUACUUGGAAUGGCACCCCGUGGGUUUUGAAUGCGGAAAUGUUUCCCCCAAAUAUGCGAUCUUUGGCACAGGCGGUUGCUUCUUCCAGCAACUGGUUGUGGAACUUUGUUAUUUCGCGUUUCACCCCACAGAUGUUUGCUCAAAUGGGAUACGGGGUCUACUUCUUGUUCGCAGCCUUAAUGCUCUGCUCUAUUCCGUUUGUUUUCUUUUUGAUACCGGAGACAAAGGGUGUACCCUUGGAGCGUAUGGAUCGGUUGUUCGAAGUGAAACCUGUUCGGCAAGCGCAUGGUAAAAUCAUGCUUCAGUUGCAGGAAGACGAGGCGGAAUUUCGUUGUGCGAUUGAGGAGUCCAAUGCCAGCGACGGCAAAGUGAGAGAGAAAUUUGUAGAGCAGGUGUGA